AAAAGUUAAAAGCAUUGGCGUCUGUGUGUUAAUGCUCAUUGGCAGGUGAACAAUUGAACUACAAACAGAAAAAAUGAAGUGGGCCAGAUUUGGUAUUGCGUGGAUAAAUUUAAUGUGUGUGCUGGUUGUAUGUAGCUUAAACGUCCAUGGUCUGAAACACCACAACAAUAGAGAAGUUUUGCUGAUAUUACAAGGAAUCCAUCGUAAAUGCCCUCGCAUUACAAAACUAUUUAAAUUGCCGGGCAAAUCUGUGAUGGGUCAAACCAUGUGGGGCAUUAUUAUGGGCAAUACGCCGAAUAAACAUGUUCCAUUGAUACCGGAAUUUAAGUAUGUCAGCACCAUUCACGGUAACGAAGUUGUCGGCAAGGAACUACUUUUGCAACUGGCUGAAACCAUGUGCCAAGAGUCACUACAGGGCAAUGAAUUUGUGAACAAUCUUUUGGAAACAACUAGAAUUCACCUUGUGCCAAUUCUCAAUCCCGAUGGUUGGGAUAAAGCUACUGCCUCUAAUUAUCGUGAUAGGAAUAUAAUUACCGGAAGAACUAACUUUCACGGUAUCGACUUGAAUCGUAAUUUUCCCAAUAUGAAUAAUGCGAUGUUUCAGUUUGAAAAAACUGACAAUUGGACCAAUAAUCAUUUGGCACACUUUGGUACCAUGAGCGACAAAAUACAACCAGAAACAAAGGCCAUAAUGAAGUGGAUAAGUAGUAUUCCAUUUGUGCUUUCGGGUUCUUUGCACGGUGGCGCAUUAGUUGCCAAUUACCCUUAUGAUUCGUCUCGCAGUGGUAAAAUAGAUUUGAAUACACCGAGUCGCCAGACGACGAUGUUUUCCGAUAGACUUGUAUCAUUGGUCUAUGCGAAUGCUAAUCUCAAAAUGACCAACUCCCAAUGCCACAAGCGCGAUACUCUGUUUCCAAAUGGUAUCACAAAUGGCGCCGAAUGGUAUUCUCUUGUUGGCGGCAUGCAGGACUACAACUAUCUAGCGACGAAUUGUUUCGAGAUCACAUUUGAAGUAGGAUGUACGAAGUAUCCCAAUGCGAAUGAACUUGAUGAAUUGUGGAAAGACCAUAAACACUCUCUUUUCAACUUUAUGUGGAUGGUGCACAUCGGGAUUAAAGGCUUGGUUAUGGACAUAAGGACAAAUAAACCAAUCAAAGAUGCUAUUAUUCAUGUGAGAAAAUUGAUCAACAACAGAUAUAACGAUAUUUGGCAUGAUAUUACUACAAAUAAGCACGGUGACUAUUAUCGUCUCUUAACGGAUGGAACAUAUGAAAUUGUUGUUGGUAAAGCUGGUUAUGCAACAAACACAACAGUGGUUAACGUGUACAACGAUCGUUACAAUAACGCGCAGGUUGUGAAUUUCAAUUUAUAUCCAGCACAAUAAAAUAAUAUUCAACGUUUUUUUAUAUUGCAUUAACUUAUAUGGAAGAAAAUUAACAUUUGGUUGCAUAUAGUGACACUUGUUAAUGUUUAACAUAAUGAUUAUAUUUACAAAUCUAAAAUGAAGUACAUAUAUAAGAUGAAUACAACUAAAUUAAGAUUACAUUAUAGCUGAAGUUAAAAAGUUAUAUGUAAAGAUAUUUAGUUAGAGCUCAAUUUAUGAUUGAACCAUUUACAUACACAUUGAUUAGAGAAAUUCUGGAAUACAUAGUAGGAAAGUUAAAAAUAUUACUCUAACGUUAACAUGGAUUUGUCACAGCCGUACAACUAGCUUAAUCUACGUAUAUACUAGUUAACUAACAAUAAGUAAACAAUGGAAGCUGUAAAAAUAUCAAUUGGUGUUUAACAUUGGCGGGUUCAACAAGCAUAUUGCUAUAUAUGAUCGUUAAAAAUACAAAAUUUGUGUGUU